CAUGUCGUCAACUGCAAUUCCACGAUUACUGUUGGUAAUUGAACACGCCAACAAAUUUAGAAAAUUUGAUUUCUAUUGAUAAUCUAUAUUUAAAAUGCAUCCCGAUCUCACGGAAAGGAUACUUCAGCAUUUGGAAAAUGUCGAUAAAGUCGACACGCUAGAUUUGGUGGACGUUUUUGGUGUGGAUCACCAGAAAAUUGUUGGAGCUCUCAAAUCUAUACAGGCGCAUGGCGAACUUGUGACUGCAGAAACAACAUCUCGUAAAUCUUUGGAGUUAACUGAAGAGGGUCAAUUAGUUGUGACCAAUGGCAGUCAUGAGGCAGUUUUAUACAACUCGGUUCCCGUCGAAGGCAUCGCUCAGGCAGAAUUAAUGAAGAGUGGUCCAAAUGCAAAAGUAGGUUUUAGUAAGGCCAUGUCUCAAGGUUGGAUAUUGGUAGACAAAUCAGUGAAUCCUCCCUUGGUAAAGCGUAAAGUUGACAAGAUUGAAGACAGCGUAAGGCAAAAUCUUGUGGCUAUAGCCAGCGGCAAAACUGACAUACCGGCUAAUUUGGUUUCGGAAUAUAAGAAGCGAAAAUUGCUCCAAGAAAUAACGACAAAAAGUUUUGUCUUGACCAAGGGAUCUGAAUUUUCCACAACGCUAACAAAAUUGGAGACUGAUUUGACGGUGGACAUGUUGGCCUCAGGUUUAUGGAAGGACUUGAAAUUUAAAUCAUACAAUUUCGAUGCAUUGGGCGCACCACCAACACGCGGUCAUUUGCACCCUCUACUAAAAGUACGCACAGAGUUCAGGCAAAUAUUUUUGGAAAUGGGCUUUUCUGAAAUGCCUACGAACAAUUAUGUGGAAUCAUCUUUCUGGAAUUUUGAUGCCCUUUUCCAGCCACAACAACAUCCAGCUCGUGAUGCUCACGAUACAUUCUUUAUUAACCAUCCGGCAAAGAGCUAUAAAUUCCCACAAGACUAUCUACAGCGGGUGAAAAAGGUGCAUUCCAGCGGUGGUUAUGGUUCACAAGGUUAUGGCUACGAUUGGAAACUGGAGGAGGCCCAAAAGAAUCUUUUACGCACGCAUACAACAGCGGUCAGUGCUCGCAUGCUUUACAAACUGGCGAAUCAAGCAGAAGGCUUUAAACCAGCCAAAUAUUUUAGCAUAGACAAGGUUUUCCGCAAUGAAACCCUAGAUGCGACACAUUUGGCUGAAUUCCACCAAGUGGAAGGUGUAAUUGCCGAUGUGGGCCUAACAUUGGGCGAUCUUAUUGGAACCCUCUACGAAUUUUUCCGUAAGUUAGGAAUAACUCAAUUGGAAUUUAAGCCGGCUUACAAUCCCUACACAGAACCGAGCAUGGAAAUAUUUUGUUUCCAUCCGGGCCUUGGAAAGUGGAUUGAAGUUGGCAAUUCCGGAGUUUUCCGACCAGAGAUGUUGCUUCCAAUGGGCUUGCCCGAAAAUGUCAAUGUUAUAGCCUGGGGCUUAUCGCUAGAAAGACCAACAAUGAUCAAAUAUGGCAUUAACAAUAUAAGAGAUCUAGUCGGACCAAAAGUAGAUUUAAAGAUGGUGGAAGAAGGCCCAAUAUGCCGUUUAGAACGAGCUUAAUCCUUAAAGAAAAUUACAAGAGUUUAACUAUUAUGCUAUCACGUCUUUUUCUCACUUCUUAUUUAUGUGAUUAAUAUAUUUUUUUUAAAUAAAUUUACAAAAAGUAAAA